AGUCGUGUAACAAAUUUCGUGCGGUGAGCAACAAAGCGUCUGCUAGAAGGCGAAGUAAAACGUGAAUUUCAUUUUCUGUAACAAAGAAAAGUGAAAAAGUUUUCCAUUUUAUUAAAUCUCUAUUCUGUGUACCAAGAAACAAAUCAAGAUGCCAGAAGAAGCAGAGACAUUCGCAUUCCAGGCUGAGAUCGCUCAGCUCAUGUCGUUGAUCAUCAACACAUUCUACUCCAACAAAGAAAUCUUUUUGCGUGAAUUGAUUUCUAAUGCGUCUGAUGCUCUCGACAAAAUCCGUUAUGAAUCGCUGACAGAUCCUAGCAAGCUCGACUCUGGCAAGGAGCUGUACAUUAAAUUGAUUCCCAACAAAACCGCUGGUACCUUGACCAUCAUCGAUAGUGGUAUUGGCAUGACAAAGUCUGAUCUGGUCAACAACUUGGGAACCAUCGCCAAGUCCGGUACAAAGGCAUUCAUGGAGGCGUUGCAGGCCGGCGCUGAUAUUUCCAUGAUUGGUCAAUUUGGUGUGGGCUUCUACUCUGCCUACUUGGUCGCCGACAAGGUGACUGUCACAUCAAAGAACAACGAUGAUGAGCAGUACAUCUGGGAAUCUUCGGCCGGUGGCUCGUUCACUGUCAGGGCUGACAACUCUGAGCCUUUGGGUCGCGGUACCAAGAUUGUCUUGUAUAUCAAGGAGGAUCAGACCGAUUAUUUGGAGGAAAGCAAGAUCAAGGAGAUUGUCAACAAGCACUCCCAAUUCAUUGGCUAUCCUAUCAAAUUGUUGGUAGAGAAGGAGCGCGAGAAGGAGGUCAGCGAUGAUGAAGCCGAUGAUGAGAAAAAGGAAGGUGAUGAGAAGAAGGAAAUGGAGACAGAUGAGCCCAAGAUUGAGGAUGUUGGCGAGGAUGAAGAUGCCGACAAAAAGGAAAAGGAGGGAAAGAAGAAGAAGACUAUCAAGGAGAAAUAUACCGAAGAUGAGGAACUCAACAAAACUAAGCCCAUCUGGACUCGCAACCCCGAUGAUAUCUCCCAGGAGGAAUACGGAGAGUUCUACAAGUCAUUGACCAACGACUGGGAGGAUCAUUUGGCUGUCAAACACUUCUCCGUUGAGGGUCAGUUGGAGUUCCGUGCCCUUCUCUUCAUCCCACGUCGCACACCUUUUGAUCUGUUUGAGAACCAGAAGAAGCGUAACAACAUUAAACUGUAUGUGCGCCGCGUCUUCAUCAUGGACAACUGUGAAGAUCUCAUUCCCGAAUAUCUGAACUUCAUCAAGGGUGUGGUCGACUCUGAGGAUUUGCCACUCAACAUUUCCCGUGAGAUGCUUCAGCAGAACAAAGUGCUGAAAGUGAUCCGCAAGAACUUGGUGAAGAAGACCAUGGAGCUGAUUGAGGAGUUGACCGAGGACAAGGAGAACUACAAGAAGUUCUACGACCAGUUCAGCAAGAACUUGAAGCUGGGCGUGCACGAGGAUAGUAACAACCGUGCCAAGUUGGCCGAUUUCUUGCGCUUCCACACCUCUGCAUCUGGUGAUGAUUUCUGCUCUCUGUCCGACUACGUGUCCCGCAUGAAGGAGAGCCAGAAGCACAUCUACUUCAUCACUGGCGAGUCCAAGGACCAGGUCAGCAACUCUGCAUUCGUUGAGCGCGUCAAGGCUCGUGGCUUUGAGGUUGUUUACAUGACCGAACCCAUCGAUGAAUACGUCAUCCAGCACUUGAAGGAAUACAAAGGCAAGCAGCUCGUUUCCGUUACCAAGGAGGGUCUCGAAUUGCCUGAGGAUGAGGCUGAGAAGAAGAAGCGCGAGGAAGACAAAGCGAAGUUCGAGGGCUUGUGCAAACUGAUGAAGUCUAUCUUGGACAACAAAGUUGAGAAAGUCGUUGUCUCGAACCGUUUGGUCGACUCUCCAUGCUGUAUUGUAACAUCACAAUUCGGCUGGUCUGCCAAUAUGGAACGCAUCAUGAAGGCACAAGCUUUGCGCGACACAUCCACGAUGGGCUACAUGGCUGGCAAGAAGCACUUGGAGAUCAACCCCGAUCAUCCAAUUGUAGAGACCCUGCGCCAAAAGGCUGAUGCUGACAAGAAUGACAAGGCUGUUAAAGAUCUGGUCAUUCUGUUGUUCGAGACCUCUCUGCUGUCAUCUGGCUUCUCUCUGGAUAGUCCUCAAGUGCACGCCAGCCGCAUCUAUCGCAUGAUUAAGCUGGGUCUUGGCAUUGACGAGGACGAGCCCAUGACUACGGAGGAUGCCCAAAGCGCUGGCGAUGCACCCUCCCUGGUCGAAGACACCGAGGACGCAUCCCACAUGGAGGAGGUCGAUUAAAAAAUUUAUAUUUUCAAAAGCGCACGUACACCACCAAACACCAUCGUCGGCCAUACUGACAAUUCCUUCACUCACAUGCUCAUUUAGUUCCUUUAUUAUUUGAUUGAUUUAACUUGACAAGUUAUACCAAAUUCAUAUCUUCAUUGUUAAUUUUUUGGUGCAUUGUGUACGUGCCACUUCAAACCAAAAUCGUUCGUUUAUAGUAACUAUUCAAUUACAAUACUGUCGCGUUAUAAGCGACAGGAACACGCUUAGUUCAUAAAAACACUUACUCGCCUGACCUUUUAUUAGGCCAAAACAAGAAGA